ACGACCAAGACCCUCCCUCGAAAGCACCUAGAAUUGGCAGAACCCACUCUUUCUGUUCAGUCAAACGUUUGAUCGCAACUUUGGAGUUCAAAUACUUAAGCUUAGAUAGUCUACCGGAAGACUGAAGUUGCUUUCUUUCUUGUGGACAAUUAAGACUUUUCGGCUCCAUAAAAGACGACUACUACGGCACAGACUGUUUGCAGCAGCCAGCCCCCCUCUAUGCAACUGAGUCGGGCAUAAUGUCUUACCGUGGAAAGCCGAGCAAAGGCUGCGAUUCAUGUAGAAGCCGAAAGAUAAAGUGCGAUGAGAAGAAACCAACCUGCGAUCGCUGUAAUAAGUCAGGUCUCGAUUGCAGAUACCGCAACAUAGAUGAUCUGUUAUUCAAAAACCAGACGACCUUUGCAGCUCAGAAGGCCGAAUCAUCAUGGCGAAAGAGGUCGAAACCGCAACCUCCACCAAGCACGAAUGCAAGCACAAAUGAACCACCGGGUGACUUGAUAUCAUUCCAAUUUAAUCAUUAUUCAUCCUCAAGCAAACCUCUCGACCAAUUCAUACCCUCAGAUUCUCCUCUUCAAUUCAAUGAUCUGAUCACUGGAGUGUCUAUGGAGCCAGGCGUGAGACGCAUGGCCUACGAACGUUUUCUAUAUGACUUUAUCACGUCCAGACCCGACCAGAUAGACGACGAAGGUCCCCCUAACGCACUAUUCGAUUUCAUCCCAAUGCUCUUCGAAGCGACUACUGAGGGCUCAUGUUUCUCAACCAUAGUCGAUGCACUUUCGUAUGCUAACUUCGGCGUGCGUUGCAACUACCCGGAGGGACAGGCAUUGGCAGAGCAGAACUGGGUGAAAGCUCUCCGACUUCUACAAACGGAUUUGAAGGAUGAGAAAUUAGCUUCUUCAGACGAGACUCUCGCCGCUAUCUAUCUCAUGGGUAUAUAUGAUAACAUAGCCUCCGACCAGUUGAAAGGCAUAUAUGAAGCCCACAAGAACGGCGCCACAGCACUCCUCCAGCUGCGCACAGUUGAAGAUUUUUGCGGAUCUCCGAUCUCGACUCGGUUGUAUGAAGCAUGCUACACGCAAAUGCUCAUUGGAAGUUUCAUCGGCGCUAAAGAACCGAUAGCACCCAUCAGCAACAUCAUAGCUGCCAGAAAAACCGUCCCUACAGCCAUCAACACCUCAGGAAUUGACCUCAUGAACCUAAUCCACAACGUCACGAGCCUCCACGCGCAAUGGCACCUCAUCAAGGCCUCCCCCUCACCUCCCCAAAUCCGACAAGAGCUCGUAGACAUCCUCCGUCAAGGUCUUGAUCUCGAUGCCGAACUGCAGAUCUGGGAAACCAGGAUCCCUCGCUCCUUACGCUACGAUAGCAAGCCCAAUCUGCCCGAGACGCGCGGAGCCUACGACCGGAAGUGGAUCAACCUGAUGCUGUCGAGCAGCGGUGCACCGAACGAGAUACACAGCUUCCCUUCGCUUCGAAGGGCGUUCAUAUACACGUUCUUCCGGACGAGUCGGAUGUUCCUCCUGCGAGACAUGCUGGAGAUCAUGAACUGCAUGCUCGCGCUCCCGCCGCCAGAUCCACAGCCAGAACCCAGCAAUUUCAACAUCGCUACGCUGAUCCUCGAAGACCCGAGUCCGCAAACGACGCUCCUCAACACCACAUCCCUCCGAAUCCACCACCGCAUCACAACCACGCACCUCACCGACCUCGUCGAAAAGGCAUGCUCGGCCAUCAUCGGCUCCUUCACAGUCCCCAUUCCAGGCCGAGUAGACAAUGACGGCGUGAUGGGCGUACGAGGUUACAUCAACUUCUGGUGCCUGGGCGUCAUCAGCGCGGUCCUGCGCUCUGGCUUCAUACCGCAAUCUUCCGCUCCAUCACCACCACCACCAUCGACGUCUUUCUCGCCUCCCCGCGGAGGUUCGAGCCCAGCGCCCUCGCCGGCUAUGUUCGUGAUGCCGCCGGAGAAUCGAAGUCACUUUUACUUCCACGCCGCCAUGUUGUCGAGACAAGAGGGUGACUUCCCGCCGCUUCCGCCCAUCUCGGCGGCGCCGGCGCGUUCGGGGUUCGACAUUGAAGUUGAGGAUGCUGGUACGCUGGGAAUUGAUGUGGAGGCGAGGAGGGAGUGGGUGCAGAGGGUUUUGUACUAUGUGGGUGCGCAUUUGGGGAAUAAGAAGGCGUUAGGGCUGCUGGGGCUGGAUGAGGGUGCGAGAGAGAGGUGCCAGGGGGAAGUUGAAAGGAUGGUUGGCGGGCUUUGAUGCUUGCUGGGUGAAUUGAUUCUUUGGGGUUUGGAUGUCGUUGAGGGUUGGGAAAGUUGGGGUUUGGUUGUCAGGAAAUUUCUAUUUCUCGUUGAGGGGCCUUGUUCUGCCCUAUAAAUAACGAUUGGAAGAGCCCUACUUGUUGGUUUCGGUAUAACGUAUCUGAUAUCGUAGCGCAGUCUUACACUCGGCUUGAACGCUGGUAG